AUGUCCGGCAACCCUCCCAAGAUCGGCUACAGCCUCCUAUCCAGUCUAAUCGCCUCAGGUGAACUGUAUAUUUUCCGUGGUUUCAAUGAGCUGAAUGCACGAAAUAUUCUCUACCUCCAGUCUGAGCUAGCGGAGCUGCAAGAAACUUUGCACGACCUAGACGAAGCCUACAAUGAUACGGCGAAGGGAAAUGACAUGUGGAGCGUCCCAAGAAGUUGGCGCGCGGUGAAAAAGGAAGGAAAUGAAUACUUAGAAUGUGUUCUCCGAGUAAGGAAAACGUCAAAGGAAUACUAUAGAGCGUUACAAACACAAGCCUGGCUUCUAAACCAAAAGAGCCCUAAUACGCAAGCUUAUAAGACCCUGAGAGAUGUUUUCAAUUCCCACGGAUCCGACAUAUCGCAAAUGGACGCCAGUUUUCUCUUGGACGAUCGCUACCGCGAUGAUCUGGUCAACCUCGGCUGGGAAGAGAAGGAAGCCAUGACCGAAUUCCUGCAGAGAUUUCUAUGUCAAGCGUUUGAAGUCAAGCGCAUCUCCACUCCCAAUGGAGAAAUGCUCAUCUUCUCGGACCAACGCAUCCGGUCCGCUGUUAGACUACUUGCGAUUGUGCUCUCGUCCGUCCUUCCUAUCCUCUCUAUCGUCGUCUUGUACGUCAUAAAGCAGCAAGACGUUCGCCUUGGCAUGAUAGUCCUGUUUUCAGCCCUAUGCUCAGUGGCACUUGCAACUCUGAGCAACGCAAGGAACGCAGAAAUCAUGGCCGUCACUGCCGCGUAA